CUUUAAACGUUACUCCGUAGAAGUUAGAACUCGUGAACUGCUCACAGGAAUCGAUGAAAGAGUGGUCGUAUACGAAUUCGUUUUUUCUGCUACGCUCCAACUCCGUAUACGAGUGAAUAACUGUCCACCCUCAGUUCAUCGUCUCUUAGAAGUUGGCUGGCCAGCGGUGGGUUAAAACGAAGCUAUCGCGCCAUAAGUUGAGCGAGCCGUCAAGGUGGCCUUUUGGGUAUGUUGGCGCGUGUGACGCAGAAUUUUGCGGGAAUAUGUCAGAUACUUCUUUGUCACCCCAAUUUAUCGGCUCCUUCUUUAAAUUCCUUCACCCCCUUCCCAUUCCAUUCUAUUCGUUACUCCUCUUGUUCUAGGAGCAGCAGAUACAGAUCUAUCUCUUUCUCUCUCAUGGCUUCCUCCUGUCGCAGCUCUCCUAUCCACAUCUGCCAUUCCCGCAUACCCGCUACUCAUCAACCAUCAUUGGUUGUUUUUUCAGGUGGAACAGCUUUUAAUUGUGUAGCUGAAGAGCUUAAGAAGUUAACUACUCGUGUCACUCACGUUCUCCCGGUAUCUGAUGAUGGUGGAAGUACAUCUGAAAUUGUUCGAGUUCUUGGUGGUCCUGCAGUUGGGGACAUACGGUCAAGAUGCUUGAGAUUGUCUGAUCAAAGCACUUCUGAGGCUCUUGCUGUAAGAACAUUGCUUGGUCAUCGACUACCUCUUGAUGCACAAAAGUCAAAGUUAGAGUGGUAUGCUAUUGUGGAAGGGAACCAUGGUCUUUGGAAAGGCGUGUCAAAACCUUACGGCGAAACGAUACGAGCUUUCUUGGCUUACUUUCAAAAUCAGAUUCUUAGACGUUCAGAAGAUGCAUUUUGUUUUAGUAAUGGAAGCAUUGGGAAUUUUUUCUUUGCAGGAGCAAGGACAUUUUUUCAGUCUCUAGAUGCCGCAAUCUUUCUGUUUUCACGCGUUUCUGAUAUUCCAAUAGAGAGUCUGGUUCUUCCAGUGAUAUCCACGAAUGAGAGGCUUACUUUAGGCUGUGAAUUAUGGGAUGGUACCAUUAUACGUGGACAAAAUAAGAUAUCUCACCCAACAAAUGGAUGGAUGGAACCCAUCGAUAAGGGAAUAACAUCAUGCCCUGCGCUUCCUACAAAAAUAAAGAGAGUAUUCUACAUGUCAAGUGAGGGCAGCAACUUAUCGCACGAGGUUAGGUCUUCCCUGAUGUAAACCCAACAGUCUUGGAACAAUUGAAAAAUGCAGACUGUAUCAUUUUUGCCAUGGGGUCACUCUUUACUUCCAUCUGUCCCUCUCUGGUUUUGCUUGGAGUUGGGGAAAUCAUCUCUUCUCGGUCAUGCCCUAAGGUACUUAUGUUGAAUGGCACACAUGACCGAGAAACUAGUGACUUUAAUGCUUCGUGCUUUGUGACAGCCAUCACAGAUGCCCUAAAUCGUACUCAUGGAAACCAUAACUGCCUUAAAAAUCCUCCAAAUAGAUAUAUCAAUACUCUUAUGGUGCCAAGAGAUGGUCAAAUUCCAGUGGAUGUUGGUCACCUCACUUCCCAAGGGAUUUAUAACGUGGUCACUGUUGAGUCAUUCCGUGAUCCAAAAGUGGGUACAAUUUUUGAUCCAAAAUCACUUAUCCAAGUGCUUGUGACAUUGUUAAUACAACAUAAGGAAGAGUGAUUGCUCAUCUUGAGAUUGAGAACCAAGCAUUGGCCUGCAUGUUUUUAGGGAAAUGAAAGAACCCCCCACAAUGAUGUAAUCUGACAUGUACAAUGUAGUUCUGAAAUGACAAAUGAUAUUUUAUACUACGCAUAAUUAUCAGUGUGUGUUUCAUUUGCUUUUUUCCUAAUUUGUCAUGGGUAUAUUAUUAACAUUGUGAGACAAUAAUGUUGGGUAAAAUAUAUGGUAUAGCCUGUUGUAUCGUGGGCACGGUACAAUCGGAUUUUUUGUUCUCUGCGCAACACAUCUUGUCGUCUUUGGGAGACUUAGAUCGCAUUGUCUGGAUCUCUUCUUCGUCCCUCGGAAGCUUCGCUCGCACUGUUUAGAUAUCUUCUCCAGUUCUCCCCCAGUUCGGGUGGUUCGUCACUUCCUCACCAUAGGGAUCACAUCGCUAGCCUCUUGGAUCUGCGAUGAUGGAGCUCUCAACCGAGGUUUAUGGUGGAUUUUGCGAUUGACUGGGAAGAAAGGGCAUCUCAACCGUAGAUUUAGCUCGUGUUUCUCUUUUUCUUCCUUUUCUUACAGAGUAUACUGUAUACACAUGAAUUUACUCACGAGUAUACACAAAUAAAAAGUUGAGCAUAGUAUACAUUUUGUAAUUCAUGUGUGCUCAUUUGAUAUUGGUGUAAACUCAUUUAAAAUGUCAUAUUCAUGCAUAUUUCAAAAGUAUAUUAUUACAUCAAAUUUAU